AUGUAUAGCGUUGGCCCGAGCAACAUCGUCCAGACAGUUUUUCGACCAUCGGAACACGCAAACGAACGAAACCCGAUCGACAUCGAAAUACCUCUGCCAGUUUUCCCUAAGAAGUUUGGAACGCAAGCUAAAAAACUGGAAUUUAGUCAAGGGAAAGCGACGUACUCACCGCGGAAAGGUCAAAACAUCGGCAAUCGCGAAGUCCACACGAGGCCUUACGUGUUCAGGCCGGGGCACACUGAGGACAAUUCGCCCGAAGAUCCCACGUUGCCACCGUGCCCGGACAUCAAGCCGCUUUCGCCCUGCGCACUGGCCGCGAGGCGAGAGAAAGAGAACGAGUUGGAUUCGAGGAGAUCUUUGAACUUUGAUGAACAGCGGACGAACAAUGUUGAACGGCGAAUGGACGAACCAACGGAUACCCCACCACAAAUCGAGGAUCAAUGUAUCAAUGACGACUUCGACAGGGAGUCGUUGAGCUUCAUGCAGGACGAAGAAUACAAGCAAUCAAUCACAUCACCAAAAUGUGUCUUCAGGCUGCCUCAGUCAAAGCCAGUCGAACGUCCUCCGCCAGAAGUGGAACCGAAACUGGAAGAGAAUGCAUCUGGUUCUAUGUCUUUUACAAGAAAUCGCUCAAUGCGACACAGAGUGGCUCCUAAGACGGAACAGUCAACGUGUGAGAGAAGAUCUCAUAUCUGCGAAGAGGAGGAUCAAGCCACGGCGCGCCAGUGUAAACAAGAAAGGCGUGCAAUAAUGAGACGAGAGGUCCCAGUUAGAGGGGAAAGUCCAAGAGCACCCAUGCGGGGUGACUUUCAACGCAGGCGAGACUUACAAGACAAGCGUAUACCUCUGGAGAGGCAACAAAACCAAACGCAUGAAAAGGGAAGGCAGGAAAACUUGGAGAGGCAGAGACAAGAAAUGAUUGAAAGGCGGGAUUACUUAAAGAGAUGUGAAGAACAACUGAAAAAAGAAAGCAACAACAAAUUCAAAGUUAAAUCGGGUCGAAAGAAUUUGGAGGUACCACACGAAACUCGACCCCAAACUAAAAUCGAAUGCGAAUGCAAUAAGGCAUGCAAUACCAAGGGCCACAACGCUCAAAAAUCCACGCUCAUCGACAACCUAUCCGAUGCCGACUGUAGGGACAGGCAGAAUCAAAGAUCCAAAAAUGUGACAAGGACGGCUCAACCCCCGACGAGGUCGUUUAGGAAUACGAAAAACAAAUCAGACAUGCGUUGCUCCUCGGGAAAUGAUAGCGAUGAUGCAGCGCAAUCGAAGUUCAGCAGAGAUUGCAGGACUACUGGCAAUGGCAAGCCUUCUGUUAACGGAAGGCCUUCUGCUAAUGGCAGAACUAUGCUUAAUGGCAGACCCUCUCCCAAUGGCAGAACUGCUACCAAAAUGGUACCUCGAUCGGUGCCAAGAGGCUUCCCCAGGGUAAACAGUCGAACCACAAUGAGAAAUAAAUCAGCGACUUGGAACGUUCAGAGCGAAAGCGAAAUAGGGGAGGGAGGCACCUAUGACGCGUCGCGCAACAUUUAUACGACCACUUCAAGGACGGUGCUCCCUACGGGCAGACGCAAGCAAACACCGAUGAGAAAUGAGUGCUGCGGAUGUGCUGAUAGGCCGACGAGGCCGCCGACGCUGAAGCUAAUGCCGUCACCGCGUUCUUCUAACAUGUCCUGCAGCAAAUCUUCAUGUUGCACGUGCCCACCCGAGAGGAAACGCAAGCGCCCUAGUGCAUUUAGAUCUGACCGCGCAAGGAAACGGUCUGCAGCGCGUGCAAGCAAGACGAAAUGUCCACCCCCGCCUAAGUAUGUCAUGCCCGAAGAGUGGCAGGAGCUGUAUGACGAAAUGUCAUCCGUACACACCGAAUCGGAACAAUCGCGCGCGUCUUGCGCCAGAUUAUCGCAACAGGACCUUCUAGAUGACCUAAAGGAAGAACCGUCUCCUUCUUACAUCCCAACACGCACUAUUAAGCCCCAUCGACCGAGCUAUCUAAAAAAGAAACAGCAAUCGGAUGUAGACUUUAAUCGUCGACCGGGGGACACUAAAAGAGAUGGAAGAGGACGUAGAUCUCCAACGGAACACAGAUCGGCGAAGCGUGAACUUAGUCUGGAUCGUUUGAAUGAAUUCUGCACACCGAAACUUCCACCAGAUCCUACUGUACCUAGUUACACAAGACACACAGAGGAACGCUCGCCAAAGCAGCCUCGAAAAAGCAAACGGGAAGAGCAACCUAAAGAUUCUCUAGAUGAUUUGAAAUCGCAGCGCGAAUCAUCCAUGGCACGCCUUAAUGAAUUCUGUACGCCGAACCCAACAGCCAAGAGUUCGCCUUCCACGAAAGACGCAGAAGAACGUCAGCCCAAGCAUCGUCGAAGAAAUAAACGUUUGCCGUUAGAUGUUCCUCAGCCUGAUGCCACGGAAGGCCAGGCUAAGCGACAACCCAGGCGUGCGCAAGGGGCCGACCAUUUUACACCCGAAGAUCUGCUAAUAAUAGCUGAAGGUUCAAAGUACAGAACCCUAAAAAGCAAGCCGAAGGACGCAGAAGAACGUCAAGCCAAACACCGUCGAAGGAAUAAACGUGAACCAAAGGGUCUUUUUCAGUCCGAUCCCUUGGAAGGCGUUUGUAAGCAACCGCCCAGAAAAACCGAAAGCACCGAGCUUAUAACACCUGAUCAGCACCUAAGAUUGGCUGACGGCUUACACUCAAGAGAUUCUACGGAACGUUUUACCGGCCAGCCUCGAAGAAAUAAACGUGAUGUGAUAGAUGUUCCUCAGUGUAAUACAAUGGAAGGCAACUCCAAGCGACCACCGAGAAAAGCCCAAGGAACCGAGCAUCUAACCUCCAAUGACUUACUAAGAAUAGCUGAAGAUGUAAAUUGCAUCGACCAGCGUCCGACUAGAGAGCCGAGAAAAACUGAUUCCGGUGAGAAAGGAUACUAUGUAGAUAAUACGGAUUGCACACGUCAGCGAACUGAGCAGACGCAAAGGUCUGAAACCGCGGCUAAGCCACUGGGCAUGGAUAAUGGAGCCAUCAAGCAGCCAUCACCGAAAACCACUGAAAACAAACCCGAGAAAGAAGAGAAGAAAGAAAAGAGGAAAGAAAAGAAGAGAGAAGCGAAGAAAGUAGAAAUUCCAGAACCUCCCAAAAUUGAGAAAGUCGAUGCGGCGGCCCAGCCAAGCCUCGGGGAUUUGCUAGCUCUGCAGCCGCCAUCGACAGACUGCAGCAAAUGCAUGGACGACGAACUGGGGAAUCGCGGCUCGAAGCCGGGUGCUUGGUGCAAGGACUGUCGAUGCAAAAAGCGAACUUUUUUGGAUCAAGAAUCUCUAGAAAAACAAAAACAGUGGCUGGCGCAUUGGACAAAAGAGAUCGAGAGCCACGAGAUCAAACGGUAUCUUCGAUCUCUUUGCCGGAAUUGUCAUUGCGACAAAACUAUCUGUUUGGAUUCUAAUUCUCAUAACACUCAAACCCAAUGUGCUAAAGCAUCUAUGACUGAAUCCAACGAACUGAGAGGAUAUUUGCAGUCUACUUGGCGCACUUGUCAUUGUGGUAAACCCAAGCCGUUGAAAGACAACGUCCUUAUGAGCACGAACCAGGGGCAAGUAGUUCAAAAUCAACACACUACGGUUGGGGCGGUGGACAUUAACAGAAGCUUACUAUCAGUGUGCAGGAACUGCCAAUGUGUGAAAAAGAAGUUACUUCUGGAGAGCAGCUCCGACUUUCACCAAAGAAUCUCAUUCACCAACAAUUCCGAGGUCAAGAACCCGAGGCGUGGUUUGCAGAUUCUGAACAAUCUCGAUACGGACCAGGAUUGCGGCGGCAAUAAGUUGCGUCUGCUACAUGCAACCUCAGAUGAUGCUGAACCUUCAAUCAAUCUGUCUUUAAAUGACGUCAGCAUAUCAGAUUGCCGCCCGAGUAGAUCUUGUCCAGAAACACCAUCCCUGGUCAAUGAAAUUGAAAAGCUGGGCUUACUGGACUCAUCGAUAUAUCAGAAAGCUGUAUCCAAUAUCGACAAGGACUGCGAGGAUCCAUUGACCACUGAGAAUCUCCUCCCCAAAGCGAGUGUCUCGUUCACAUCGCCAACGAAAGAAAACGAAAAUGAUACGCAAGAUAAUGCGAUGAAUUGUACACAGGCGACAUCUAAGAAGCAACCGUCCAAGACGAACAAACGAGUAUCGACAAGAACGACUAGAAAAUCUAAGUAUAACAGUUCAAUGCGUGACGCCAUACACGUUCCCGCGACUGAAGCCUGCCGCUCCAGCGAAGAGCUGCGGAGGAACAGGCCAUCAAGUCAGAGGCAGAAUGAUCAACCCAAGCCCGACUCAUGCAUCAGGAUUCGGCCUAAAAACGUCGCGGACCAGUCCCAGAUAUUCCCGGAGAAGCUCUCUUGCGGUGUUAGCGGUGACGAAAGCCCAGAUUUUCGGACUAAACCCAGCAACAGAACGGGCGAAAACUACUACAAGCCGACCUGCAUAAAGAUCCCGAAGUGCACCAAAGACAAGCCCGAAAAGAAGCCCGCGCCGACUCCCAGCGUCUGUCAGCCAGAGCAGAAGAGAACAUAUCAACCUCCGACGGAGCCACCCGAAAUCCUGGCUAAGGGCAAAGCAAACGAGAAACGCGUGACUGUCGCCCCAAAAGCGAACAAAAUAGACUCUUCGGAACGAUGUCUGCCGCCUGCACCGCGAAACUCCAACGACCAUCCAUCGCAGGCCAUUUCAACUUUAAAAACGAAGAUAGUUAGUGUUAAACCGGCCGAGUCAAGAACCAAACAAGAAUGCGGCUGCUGCCCGUUACCGAUUUGCGAAACCGAUGACCUGAAAGACAAGAUCAAUAGACUCGAGAAGAUCCUGUCGCCCGAGAAGUUUGAGCGGCGGAAGGAGAGGGACCUGGAUUCGAGCACGAGGAUGCGACAACCGGUCAAAGAACCACCAAACAACAGGAUAACCACCACGCUGGGUGAAAAGAAACACGCGCAAGAGAAGUGCUGCUCAGACGGUAGGCGCCCACGACCACCUCUGGAGGAAGACAAAAGUCAACCACCGCAGAAGUUGAAAUCUGGCGUGGGCGCGACAGUGCCGCCCAAGCAGCCCCUUAGAUCAUCGUCGAGUGACAGCCAACUCUCGAGGCAGCUGUUCCCGUUACCCGAUAGAAACAAUCAGACAAACGUCCGUAACAGGUCCGCGCCAGAAAAACUACCGCCGCCCGAACCUAAGCCGAUCUCAAAGCCGCCUUACAAAAGGCCCGUUAGCAAACCCGACAAAGUGGAGGACGUUGACGGCGGCACAGUGUGUAAGCCUCCAGACCACGAUAAAAAAUUGCCCGACGAGAGACAGAAAAAGACAGAAAAGAGACCAACGCGUAAUGCCGAUGUUAAAGAAAUAAAGCCAGAGGACCUAAAGUGUCCGAAAGUGCCGUGUAAAAAUCCAAACGUUAAGUGCGAAGAGGUGAGAGAGGCGAGAGACGCGAAUAAACAAGAAGUGCAAAAGAAAGUUGAGACGCGCGAUGCCGCUGUAGACAUCAGGUGCCCUAUCUGCACGUGCGCGACUCAAUGCCACGGCAAAAACUGCUUUAGAAACAGAGACGUAAUCGGUAAAAACUCGAGAGAGAACAUCUACGAGGAGAUCUUCACCACCGACUACACGCUGGAUGACGGCACAGUGUUCAGCAGCUUCACAAGCGAGGAUGACAGCGAGGACGCUGGCCCGCCACCCGCACCCUCCAGGAGCCGGGUGGCGAUCGCCUUCUGCGAUAGGCUGCCCAAGGUCAGGAGGGUGUGCGACACGUGCUUUAAGCCAAUCGCGCGACGCCCUUCCUUGAAGCGGACCAAUCAGGGCACGAUAACGGAGCGCGCCAGGCUCAGGGACGUGAGCACCGUGACGAGGGGCUGGCGCGCUGGCCACUUCGAGAGGAAGCGCAGGAAAAGGGGGGAGAGGGGGGAGAGGAGGGAGAGGGGGGAGAGGGGGGAGAGGUGGGGCGAGGGGGGAGAGGAGGCGCGCGGGCAAGACGUGCGACAAGUCCAUCUGCACAGACGGCAAGCUGGUCAAGUUCAUGAGCCGCACCCAAGUGAUACCGCCACCUCUUUUGGUCCAAGGCUGCGAUGUCUUGUCUCCAUCCAGAUACCUUCUAGAGGUGAGAACUCCCAAAGACAAUUAAACGAGAUGUUCCAGUCGAAGCUUGUUCCGAGCACCGUUUAUCCGGCGUUUGUGUAUCAUCAUCGACCCGGUGGAUUCUGCGCGUCCAAGAUCAGACGUAACUCGCAGAGAGGCCACCUGGCGCGAAGGAUGGAAGAACAUUCGUCGAGGCGACAGAAGCUGAGCCCGAGACAUUACGAGGACUGUUCAAGAUCUGACGAUACCACACGAGCCGCAUUGAAGUACCUGAAAAGAAUGAGACGACAGAGAGCUAAAGCCGAAGCGAAUUUAAACGCAGCUAAGAAACAGAGGAGAUGUCACGGACAUGCAACUACCGACACAGAAGACAAACUUUCGACCGAAUGGCGACGAAAUUUACACGUAUACACCAACCCUGCAGAAGACAAAACGAGUUUAGCAGCUAGAUGUUCUGCAAAGUACGAUAUACCGGAGCUAUCGCCUUCAGACUCCGUAGCAAUGCUGAAAAUUGCCAUCGAAAAUGCCACGGGUGUUCGACCGGAAAGACAAAAACUUCUCAACGUUAAGUUUCAGGGUAAAGUGGCAAAAGACAACUGCACAUUAUUGGAUUUAAAUCUGAAACCAAAUUUGAAGAUCAUGAUGAUGGGAUCACUUGAAGAGGCUAUAGAAGGUGCUCGGACAAAGCCUGAUGUUGGAGAUGAGGUUGUAAAUGAUUUAGAUAUUGAAGAAGAAGAAGUUGAUGUAGAAAAUCAAGAGGUUUACCUAGCAAAAAUAAACAAACGAGUGAGGGAUUACAAAAUUAAUAUCUUUAAUCAACCAAGACCCGGAAAAAAGUUACUUGUGUUGGACAUAGACUAUACUUUGUUUGAUCAUAGAUCUGUUGCUGAAACUGGCUAUGAGCUAAUGAGACCAUUCCUACAUGAAUUCCUCACCUCUGCGUAUCAGGAUUACGACAUAGUUAUAUGGUCAGCUACCGGGAUGAAGUGGAUAGAAGAGAAAAUGAGGCUACUGGGAGUAUCCACACAUCAAGACUAUAAGAUAAUGUUCUAUCUGGACUAUCUGGCUAUGAUCACAGUCCAUACAGCCAAAUAUGGAACAAUAGAUGUCAAACCGCUUGGUGUGAUCUGGGGCAAAUAUCCACAGUACAGCUCCAAGAACACGAUAAUGUUCGACGACAUACGCCGCAACUUCAUCAUGAACCCAAAGAGCGGGCUAAAAAUCCGACCGUUCAGACAGGCCCAUCUCAACCGGGAUAGGGACAGGGAGCUCCUACACUUGUCCACGUACUUGAGGGACAUCGCCCAGAGCUGCGAGGACUUUGACCAGCUGAACCACAAGAAGUGGGAGAAGUACAAGCCGGAGAAGAACAGAACUCAGCAUGCGGGCAGCAAAAGGAAAGCCGAAGACAGUGCACCCUCCACGACGAAGGAA